GCAGGCGCGAUAUUAACUCGAUUUCAAAUAUCUCACUAACUAGCAUGGAAAAAUCAUAUCGGAGUAAUUUUAUUUCUAUGCAACACUUAAAUGAGGAUCUAUUGCAAACUUAAACUGUGACAAAAAUAAUCAAUAAUUAUAAUUGAAAUUAAAUUAAAUUGUAUAAUUAUAUACACAAAUUAAACAAGAAUCUCAUCGAAAUGUAUCUGAAAAUGUUCAAAUCGGGCAUAUUUAAGGAGGACUUUCGUCGCCAGUUUCAGGUCACAUUUAGUGUUAUUGUCAUAACGCUCUCACAUGGCAUUGGAUUGGGCUGGCUCUCUCCCAUGCUGCCCAAGCUGCAGUCAGAGUCAAGGACACCCCUGGACUUUGUGGUUGACGUACAUGAGGGCUCGUGGGUGGGCUCCAUAAUUUGUUUGGGCGGUGUCACGGGCAACUUCCUCUUCGCCUAUAUCAUGAGCUGGUUUGGACGCAAAGUGGCGCUAUAUGGCUUGGCUGUGCCCAACACGUUCAUUUGGUUCCUCUUCUAUUUUGCUAACUCCAUUGAAAUGCUUUAUGUGGCCAGAUUCUGUGCCGGCAUUACGGGCGGGGGCUUGUAUGUGGUGCUGCCUAUUUUCAUUGGUGAAAUUGCGGAUAAGAGCAUACGUGGCGGACUCUGCUCCGUCUUUACCCUGGCCCUCAAUAUGGGAAUUUUGCUGGGCUUCAUCAUAGCCUCCCACGUGCCCUACCACGUGAUUCCAUUCGUAGUCAUAUCCCUACCUCUAUGCUAUCUCCUGCUGACAACACGAUUUCCUGAAACCCCACAGCAGCUGCUGCGCUGGGGCCGAGAGGAGGAUGCGAAACGCUCACUAAAGUAUUAUUGUAACUGCGAUGGUCCGGCGCCUAGCAAGGAGUCGGAGCGUGCUUAUCAGAAACAGUUUGAUGAAAUGCGUGACGGCUUACUGCAACAGGUCAAAGAGGAUGGCAACGAGGGCCUAACCAUGGCGGACUUCUGCAACAAGCGCGCCUUAAAAGCCAUUAUGACGGGACUUAUAUUAAUGGCGGGAAACGUAUUUACUGGCACUUUUGCCUUCAUCAAUUACAUGUCAAACAUCUUCGAGAGGGUGCACACACAGUUGGAUCCCAAUACUAAUACGAUUAUAAUUGGAGCAGUGCAGAUUGUGGGCACGCUGGCUUCCAUCUACUUGGUAGAUCGACAUGGCCGGAAAAUACUUCUCAUUAUUUCGUGUAUUGGCUGCGCAUUAGGCACCGGUGCAUUUGGGCUGUAUGCCUUCUUCGCUGAAGAAACGAGCGUAGAUCUGAGCGCCUAUUCCGCCUGGCUGCCCGUCACAAUAAUGGCCUUAAAUAUUUUCAUUGCUAAUGUGGGAAUUAUCUCAAUUACAAUGGUAGUUAUAGUUGAAGUGCUCCCUCAGAAGAUACGAUCAGUUGCUUCGAGCUUUUGCUUUGGUUGUCUUAGCCUGUUGGCCUUCACAUCCGUGAAGACUUUUCCGCUGAUGAUGGAAUAUCUUGGACUAGCUGUCACCAUAUGGUUCUGCACUGUAGUUAGCGUCUUAUGUCUAUUUUAUGUGGUUGUCUUUCUCGACGAGACAAAAAAUAAGUCCAUUUACGAAUAAGUAAGAGAACGGGCUCUCACCUUGAUAUGUUAUACUCUUAUAAGUUUUUAUAGAAUCAACUUAUCAACCACUUACCUUAUGGAA